AGCUAGUCGUGCCCCUGCAGUGCCUUUUGUGUCAGCAUCUCUCUAGCCCUUUAGCACUGGGCUGAACCUGCACUUUCUCUCGCGUCACUUUGAGAUGGGCGAGUGGAAAAGUCAAGGCUGGUGGAUGACACGACUGCCGCAAGCGGCGCUGCGGAUUUUCCAGCGGCAGCAGCAGACAAUAGCACAGGGAGGAGGCAGCAUCGGGCUCCCUCUCCGGACAGAAUCCGGGAAUGCGCCUCAAAAAUCAGCCCCAAAAUCCUCCGGCAGUUCCAAAAAUAUAGUUUCAAAAGGAGGAUCGAGGAAUAAGGUAGUAAACGAUGGGCUUAGGACCGCUGUCGUGAGGGAGAAGGAGAUCGAGAGAUGCGACGUUGCAGCUGUUUACCCAGAUGGUGCUGAAACGGAUGCUGUCAAUGCCAACAGGGUGGAUGCUAGCAGAGAAGAAGAUACAGAGGAGAUAUUUCACCAGAUUCUCAAACCCGUAGUUCGUCGUUAGGUGUAUCCCUGCCACAAAGGCCUGUCUUCCCAACAUAUUGGGUCAUACCGGCUCCAGCACCGCGUGUUUGGUGAAAGGGAUAACGAAGAAGCGGGGAGGGGAGUCGGUGAAAGCUUCAGCGGGCUACUGCAGGGACAGAAGCGGGGAAUACGUGGGCUGCGGGCCUUAGUCUGUGGAGCAAGGGUUGCUUGCUGACUGAACUCUGCACUUCCACCUACAUAAGAAACUGAAGAGAAGCAUCAGCAAGAUGCACACGGCUGACAGCGCGGAGGCCGGGCCGGAGGCCGCGCCGGAGCCGUCUACAGGGACCAUAGAGGCGGAGUUCGUGACACAGCAAGACGAGGGCCUUGAGGACGAACUGGAGAGACUGGUGGAUGAGAAUGAAGAUCUAAAGAUGGAGAUCGAGGAGAUGAGGACAGAGAUGGAUGAGAUGCGUGACACCUUCUACGAGGAGGACACGUGCCAGCUGCAGGAAAUGAGGCGCGAGCUGGAGCGAGCCAAUAAGAACUGCCGGAUCCUCCAGUACCGGCUGAGGAAGGCUGAGAGGAAGAAGCUGCGCUAUGCCCAGACAGGAGAAAUCGACGAGGAACUACUGAGGAGCCUGGAGCAGGACCUGAAGGUAGCGAAGGAUGUGUCUGUGAGACUGCACCAUGAGCUGGAGAAUGUGGAGGAGAAACGCACAAAGACAGAGGACGAAAACGAGAAACUGAGGCAGAAACUCAUCGAGGUGGAGGUGACCAAACAGGUCCUUCAGAAUGAGCUGGACAAAGUCAAGGAGUCUCAGAAGAGAAGAGGAAGCAAGGAGGUUCAAAAGUCAGACAAGAAGUCUGCCCAGACCCCAACAGAGGAUGACAACGAUGAUCUCAAGUGCCAGCUGGCCUUCAUCAAGGAAGAGGCUGUGUUGUUGAGGAAGAAGACAGCUAAGAUCGACAAGGAGAAGGACCGUCUGGAGGCGGAGCUACAGAAGUACCGCUCCUUCUACGGGGACCUGGACAGCCCCCACCCCAAGGGUGAGGCCUGGGGACCCCCCACCACCCGUGAGUCCGAGUUGAAGCUGCGUCUGCGCCUGGUGGAGGAGGAGGCUAACAUCCUGGGGAGGAAGAUCGUGGAGCUGGAGGUGGAGAACCGGGGUCUGAGGGCGGAGCUGGACGACCUCAGGGGUGAAGGGGAGGUAGAAGGCGGGUCCGGUGGGGGGGCUGUUGGCGGGAUGGGGGCGGGCCGGGGUCAUGGGGAGGCUAUGACAGAGCUGAGGCAGCAGCUGCAGCUGGUGGAGGACGAGGCAGAGCUCCUGAGGAGGAACCUGUCCGACGCUGAGGAUCACAACAAGAGAGUGACGGGAGAACUCAACAAGCUCAGGUUUAAGGCCGGGACCCACGAGGGAGGGGCAAGGCAUGGAGGAGGGGCGGCAGGAGGAGUAUGUUCGGAGAAGGCAGAGGCACUGCAGGAGGAACUGAAGACGGCCCGGUUACAGAUUAAUGAUCUCAGUGGGAAGGUGAUGCAGCUGCAGUAUGAGAAGCGUGUUCUGCUCUCCAACAUGCAGCGUUACGACCUGGCCUCCCACCUGGCCCUAAGGGGGGGCAUCAGCCCUCGGGACAGUGAUGCAGAGAGUGAUGCAGGAGGGACCGGACCAAGCGGGCGCCGUGAAAGCGAUGAUGAUGACUCCUCCUCUCGCCUCCUGCCCCCGCACCGCAAACGCGAGGGCCCAGUGGGCGGGGAGAGUGACUCGGACGAGGUGCGGAACCAAACCCGCUGCCUCACGCCUACCCGGGGUCUAUAUACCCCACCCCCUGAGACCGCCGCCCGCUUCCUGCCCCGCAACCUACGGGAUCGCCAGCAGAUGAUUGACAUUCGAGUGGAGGCGGAGCGUCUUGGCAGGACCAUCGACCGGCUCAUCGCCGACACGGCAACUAUCAUCGCAGAGGCACGGGUGUACGUUUCCAACAGCGACCUGUAUGGGCGGGGUGAGGAGGAGGAGGAGGGCGGGAGGAUCAGGGAGCAUGAGCUGCUGUACAGGAUCAAUGCCCAGAUGAAGGCCUUCAGGAAGGAGCUACAGGGCUUCAUAGACAGACUGGAGGUGCCCAAACCUGAGGACAGGGAGGAGGAACCACUGUCGAUGUUUCAGCCCAUCAUUUUACUCAUCCUCAUUCUAGUCUUAUUCUCCUCCCACUCCUAUGCCACCAUCUUUAAACUUGUCUUUCUGUUUACCCUUUUCUUCGUCCUGUGAUCCCGCCUCCCUCAAUAGCAUAGCCGCAUCCUUUGUUUGUUUGUUUCUGUUAUUUUUUUUAACAUUUGUUGCCAAGGUCACCGAACGUACAGGAGCCUCCCUCUUCAAGCACAGGUCACAGUCACAUAACAGGAUAUAUGCUUAGGUUCAACACUGGAGACUACUUUUCCC